ACUCAGUCCUUCGACUAUGGUUUACAAAAACUUGAACACCACUAUGCAUUCACGUAUGCACGACGGAUCCGAACAAUUUCGGGACGAUAACAAUUAUAUUGGUUAGCCUAGGUUAGCCUCACGAGGGGUUUGUAUGACAGCUGGAAGUCCGCAUCAGUGAAGAAAAAAAGUUUACAGCGCCUAGGGUUGUCGAGCCUGAGGCAGAAUAUAUCUUCCCCCAUGGGCCCACAUGACCAGAUUCUAGGUCCUCUUCUAAUAGGGAUUCUUUUCAAUACCUAUUUGUAUGGGAUCGUCACAUACCAAUUCGCAUUAUAUUACCGAGCGGAUUUCAACGAUCGACUUGCCGUGAAAUGUGUGGUGGCAUUCUUGCUCGUCCUUGACAUAGUUCAUAGUAUAGCGUUAAUCUAUAUGGUUUGGGUGUACAUGGUUGCGAACUACACAAAUCCAACCACAUUGCAGUUAAUGUACGGUAUUGUCAUCACGAUGGCUCUCCCCACAUUUGGUCUUGGAAUAGCUUGUGGUAUCGAAGCAUGGUUCAUCCAUGUGCUUGCUGAUAUGCCACGUAUCAAUGGCCUUGCGACAGCCUGGAUUGUGAUGCAAGUGAUCGUGGACACAUUCUUAACCGGUCAGCAUCUGUGUCCCGUCCCAUGACUUUGCCACCAAUUUUUGUCACACCUCCUAG